AUGUCAGCCGAUUCUUUCGCACAAGGAAGUCGAACAUUCACCUGCUGUUGGCGACUUUUACGGAAAAGACCGGACCACGAGCAGAACGAUGCUGUCAAGGGCGUACAUGCGACCCGACGUGAUAAGCUUAUGUCCCCCGAGACACAAUACCAAUGGUUAAAAGACCUGCGCUCCAUUCUCGGUCAGCCAGACCGAUCGCUGUGGCCUCAAAUCCGCGACAACUACGACCACUUUGACCUUAUUGGCAAUGUUAGAGCUUCUUCACCCACAAGGGGGGUUGAUUUCUGUCUCAUGUUGAUCACCUACCACACGGAUGUCAAUCUCAUGUUGGACACGUCACGUCGCAGACUCGGGCUAGACAUUGAACCAUAUCAUGAGGGCCCCGUCCCAGUUUAUGGAGGCUCUGAGCAAACUCCUAUUGGGUUGGUCAAGUUGGAGUGGGCAUUCUAUGGACGAGAGAGGUUCCACAACACUGUGUUCUACGUUGUUGAACAGGCCAACUUUGAUCUUCUCAUGAAGAUGCCUUCUCCACGGUGA